GCAGACCGGCAGGCAGAAGAGCAGCCAGCGCGGGAAGGGCGGCAGCCGGAGCGGCCCGGCGCGCAGGGCGCUCUGCAGCGAGAAGUACUUGGGCGGAUGAAGCGAUGCCACCGGCUGUCCUCUCCUCGCUCUUGCUGUCAUGGGCUCUGUGCAUGUCUGCAGAAGAGGCCGUUCCAGAGCAAAGCUCUCAGGAGGACUUCGGUGGCUUGCAAGCAUCUAAAGCCUCUCUGGUUUAUUUUCAAAGGGACACGUCCCCUUCGGCAGAAGGGUUCCUGGAACAGCUGGAGAGCUCCACAGAAGCUCUGCGAGACUACGGCGUUUCAGUCUUAAAGGUAAACUGCCGCAGAGGAGAAGCAUCCAGGUACUGUAAGGAGGAUGGUGCUUCGGAAAAAGCAUACCUGUUCAGGGGCCGCCUGCUGCUCCGCGUCCUUCCGACAGAUGCCCUGUUCAGUGUGGAUGCCAUCGUGGCAAACGUGCUCUUCGCUCUCCUCUUCAAUGAAGUGAAAUACGCCAUGACCCUCGCCGACCUGCAGGAUCUGGAAGACACGCUGAAGGGCCGGGCAGACCUCGUUUUCGCCUACGUGCAGGCGAUCGGGACGGCAGAGCACAGAGUGUUGAUGGAAGCGGCUUUUGUCUACGACUCGGUUAAGUUUGCCUUAACCACCGAGGUGACGCUGCUGAGGAGCAUCCGCAGCGGAGAGCCAGAAGUGCCGUCCUCGAGGCUCUUUUUCUGCCACUGCAAGGCAGCCGCCCAGCCCUCCCAGCCGUGCCGAAGGACCCCGCUGGAGCAGCCGCUGACCACGCUGAACGUCCACAAGUUCCUGAAGCUGAUGGGGGAGCCCCCGGUGAUGGAGGUCGCGGAAGAUCCGGCGACCGUGUCCACCCUCCACCUCCAGCUUGGGCUGCCCCUUGUCUUCAUCCUGACCCAGCAGGAGACGCUGGACGCGGAGCGCAGGGUGGCGGAGUCUGUGGCCUGGCGGCUGCUGGGGAAGGCCGGGGUUCUCCUCCUGCGAAGGAACUGGGUCGGCCCAGACGUCCCUCUGAAUUGCAACGUGGCCGUCAAGAAAGCCGAAGAGGGCGUGCCUGUAAAAUACCUGGUUUUGAAGGACAUGGACGCAGUCGUGUCCUUGGUGGAGAGCAUGGCGCAGGCGGAACCUGUCCAGGAGCUGGAGGAGGAGGAAGAGGAGGAGGAAGACGCUGAGAACAAUGAGCAAGAGAUUCAGGACGACCAGGUGGUGGAAUCUGUUGUCCGAGACCGGAAGCGUGAGCUGCCUCUGGGAGGCGUCCGGACCCUGACGGAGGACUCCUUCGGCCCUGCUCUGGCUGAGGCCGGUCACAUGGUGGUGCUGUUCUACGCCAGCUGGGAAGCCGUCUCCCUGGUCAUGCUGCAGACUUUCCUCGAAGUAGCUGCUCUUCUGGAAGACGCCAUCCAGAUUUCAGGAGCUCCGGAGAUUUCUUUUGCACGACUGAACUGCUGGGACUGGCCGCGGCUCUGCGUGCAGCAAGACGUCGUCCGGUUUCCCACCGUCAAGAUGCGCACGAAAGGGGGGCCAUGGCUGGUCUACUCUGGGAUGUGGGGGACGGAGGAGCUGCGGAGGUUCAUUGAGCUAAGCACAACACCCUGUCCAGUGAGGUUGACGACAGCUGAAGAAGUGGAACGAUAUUUAAGUGUCAAAAUCUCGCCGUUCCACAACGUUUCUGUUCUGGGGCUGUUUGACCCAGCCAUGAAGGAAGAAAGAGAAGCUUUUGUGGAAGCGGGAAGAAUCCUAAACGGAUAUGUCGUGACCGGGAUCUACUGCGGAGAGGACGCCACGGAUCUCUCCCAUAAAUAUAAUCUGCCCCUGCCGGCGCUGCUGCUUGCUAAGCUGGAGACUCGGGGAAGACGCGUCAUCGAGCUGGCGAGUUUCCGCACGGGAGACAUUGUGGAGGCCAUCCGGCAUGCCCUGCUCGACCCUUUCCCAGAAAUAACUGUGGGAAAUCUGCCCGAGUACUUCCAGCUGGGAAAACCCUUGCUUGUUUUGUUCAGCGACGGGGCGCUGAGCAAAAGCGAUGAAGGAGAGAUGAGGCGCUUGGCCGAGGCCGGGCACCGCGGAGCCUUCGUCGUCUGCUGGCUGAACCUUGAGAACACGCCUGUCGGCAGAGCAGUCCUGAGGUCCUACCUGGGCCACUUCCCGCCCCCCCUGCCUCUCCUGCUCUGGAUCGGCCUCCAUGCCGGGGGUCAGGUGUUCCUGUUUCCUCCCGAUCAGCCCAUCACUGAGGCCAGCGUCCUAGCUUGGAUCGAGCACCUGGAAACCGGCCGGACUGUUCCAAGAGCCACCUUGACUGAUGAAGACUGGAAGCCCCGUCUUCCUGCCUAUGACUUCCUGAGCGUGAUGGCUCCUCCCCUGCCUGAGUUUACCAUUUACAGCCAGGGGAGCGUCCGGGUCCCCCCAGCAGCCGUGGCAGAGGCCCCCGGAGGAAGGGAGGCGGCGGUCGGAAAGGAGCCCGCGAGCGAGUCUCCCACGGCGGAGCAGGAGAAGGCAGAGCCGACGGGCGGGGACUUGCGGGGAACAGCUCCACGCUUGGCAGCCCGGGAGAAGCAGGCUAAGCGCCACGCAGAAUUGUGA